UUGCCUUACACCUAUCAAUCAUUUUGGAUAUGAACACUUAAAAUUUUAUUCACAAUGCAUAUAAAUUUUUUAUAUAUCGAAGCAAUUCUGUUGACAGUUUGUAUACAUCAAUUUCAUGGGAUUCUAGCAGAUUCUGAAGAAAUCAGUUUCGAACAUCAAAUUUUGGGUAAACAUAAUGAUUUCCGCCGACUACAUGGAUGUCCAGACUUGGCAUUGGAAAGUGAUCUAUAUAAAGGAUGCUUUAAUCAUGCCAGGAAAUUAGGUGUGAUUGACAAACUUGAGUAUUCGAAUGGAAAUUAUGGUGAGAAUAUUUGUUUUAGAGUCGAUGACGAUCCAGUGAAAUGUGUGGAACAAUGGUAUAACGAGAGCCGGGAAUAUGAUUAUUCCAAGGCCGAGUACUCCGAUGGGACAAGACACUUUACACAGCUUAUAUGGAAAUCCUCGAAACUAAUGGGAGUGGCCCAACAUAGGGGUACUUCGGGAAAAAUCUUUGUAGUAGCCAGAUAUAUGCCAGCAGGCAAUUCGGCGGGACAGUUUGUAAAGAAUGUACCAAGAUCCAAGUUUAAUGGAUCUAAGUGUCCUGUGUGUAAUUAUUUUUUGUUCUGCUCCUUAAUGUUGAUUCGUAAAGUGUUUUGCGGUGAUGGUUAAAACGAUUUUCAAUUUCAUUGAAAACGUGUAGAUAUUGCCAAAUUAAUAUGCAUAUUAAUUUUGUUAUUAAUUAAAAGGUGCCAAGUGAUGCAAAGUCGUGCUCUCUGUCUACUGCUUUCCAAGCAUGUGCUGAAUA